AUGGCUGGAUCUGAAGCAUCAUCAGAAUCAUCCAACACGGUGCGCGAGAUCAAGGAAAAAGCAGCAACACCUUCUUCUCACCAACAACAUGCCCCUUUAGCCGAACGUGAUACCCCACAAACGAUCGUCGCUGCUGAAACCAUACCAACACAGCUUGAUGAAAAAAAGUCAGAUCAUACCUCAUUGUCUAAUGAUGAUGAUGAUGAAAAGGAGGAGAAAACAAGGAAAGGAAAAAAGAAAAAGAAAAAAGAGCCAGCUAUACCUAUCCAUCGCCUAUUUCGAUUUGCAACAAAGCUCGAGUUGCUGAUGAUUGGGACUGCUGCAUUCUUUUCACUUGGUGUCGGUGCCAUGCAUCCAUUGGUGAUUGUCUUUUUUGGCGAAUUUAUGGCCGAUGCCGGAGCUGCUUUUCAAGACAUCAUGCAAGGAAAAGGCAGUGUACUGGAUGCAACCCACGAUCUGAUCCUCAUUUUCGUAUACCUUGGUACAGCUCAAUUGGUGGCAGCUUAUAUAUCCCAAUCUUUUUGGAUCAUGACAGGAGAAAAUCAGACACGACGAUUGAGACGUUAUUACGUUCAUGCUAUUUUACGUCAAGACUUGGGUUGGUUUGACAUGGCUGAAGAAGGAUCACUCACAACACGCCUUGCCGCUGAUACACAGCUCAUUCAAGAUGGAAUCUCUGAAAAAUUUGGCUUGUUCCUCAUGUGCAUCGGUGCAUUCGUAUCUGGGUUUAUCAUUGCAUUUGUCAAAGGCUGGAACUUGGCGGUCAUUAUCCUUGCCACCCUCCCCGUACUUGGUGCUGUGGGUGGUGCUUUAGGCUGGGCUAUUACCAAAUUUACACUCAACGUCCAAGAUGCAUAUGCUGAUGCAGGUAGCAUUGUCGAGCAAGCAGUAUCAGGAUUACGCACAGUGUAUGCAUUUACGCUUCAAGAACGAUUUGCACAGCUUUAUGAAAAGGCAUUGGUUAAAGCUCGUAUUGCUGGUAUACGUCGAGGUGUCUUUUUAGGAGUGGGCUUUGGCGUGUUCCUGUUUGUGUUGUUUGCCACCUAUGGAUUGUCCUUUUGGUAUGGUGGCAAGCUCGUCGCUGAAGGAAAGAUGACGGGUGAUCUUGUGCUCAUUGUCUUUUUCUCCAUGCUGAUAGCUGCAAUGACCUUGAUUCAGUUGCCACCUAAUUUGUCGGCUGUAUCCACUGCAUGUGGUGCUGCAUAUAAAAUAUAUGCCACAAUUGACCGUGUUCCUGAUAUCGACACCGACAAAGAUGAAGGACUCAAAUUGGAAAAGGUUGCUGGCGAGAUUGAAUUCCGCAAUGUCAACUUUAGUUAUCCAACGCGUCCAGAUAUUCCUAUUCUCAAGAACCUCUCGAUCACCAUCAAACCAGGGAUGUCUGUUGCAUUUGUUGGACCCUCUGGCUCUGGCAAGUCGACCACGGUUCAUCUCAUUCAACGAUUCUAUGACCCAGUGAGUGGACAAGUGCUUCUUGAUGGUCAUAACUUGAAGGAUAUGAAUGUCAUGAAUAUACGCCAUCACAUUGGUGUUGUGAGUCAAGAGCCUGUCUUGUUCAACAUGACGAUUCGACAAAACUUGUUGAUGGGAGUCGACUAUGAAGCAUCACGUGAGGAGAUUAUUGAAGCAUGCAAGCAAGCCAACUGCCAUACCUUCAUAUCACAAUUGCCCGAUGGCUAUGACACUCUAGUGGGUGAAAAAGGAGGUAUGCUUUCUGGUGGACAAAAGCAGCGUAUUGCUAUUGCACGUGCCAUCCUCAAGAAUCCCAGCAUUUUGUUACUUGACGAGGCAACCUCAGCUCUUGACACUCAAUCCGAACGACUUGUACAACGUGCCCUCGAUGCUGCAUCCAAGAAUAGGACGACUUUACUAAUCGCUCACAGAUUGUCCACCAUUCGUGGUUGCGAUCUCAUUUGCGUCAUGCAGCAAGGUGAUCUCGUGGAGAAGGGCACCCAUGAUGAACUGUUGGCUUUGAACGGCGUCUAUGCAGAGCUUGUGCGUAAACAGAAAAUUGCUACCAAGCAAGCAGGAGCGAAUGACGAGGAUGAGGAUGAUAUCGAUGAGGAGGAAAUGCUACGCAAGGAGACCGAAGAGCUAUUGCAGCAGCAGAAGAAGAUUGAGCAACUAGCUGAAGCUGAACGAGACAACAAAUCAGAUCAUCUUGUGCGAAUGAGUACUUUAUCAUCCAUCGAUGCGUUUGAGAUCAAGCUUCGCAAGGAAAAAGAGGACCGCAAGCAUCGCAUGAAACAAAAGGCUCCCAUUGGAAAGAUCAUCAUGCAAAUGAGACCAGAGUGGAAGUACAUGGCUGUUGGUAUCUUGGGUGCUGCUGUCGCUGGUGCCGUAUUCCCUUGUUUCUCUCUCAUCUUUGCAAAGAUCAUCACCGUCAUGAUUCUCAAUCCAUCCAACACAGAUGCAGGUCCUAUGGAAGGAGCCAAUCUUUAUGCCUUCGUCUUUGUCAUGUUGGGUAUUGCGUCUUUCUUUGCUUUUGCGGCACAAAUUGCUUCAUUCGAAGUCGCUGGUGAACUUUACACAGAACGAUUACGAGCUGCCGUGUUCCGUGCCUAUUGCAAACAAGAAGUUGGAUUCUUUGAUCAAGAUGAAAAUAGCAUGGGAGCCGUGACAUCCAAACUUGCUAUCGAUGCCAAGAAUGUCAAUGAGCUUGUUACCAAGGUGUGGGGCGAUGUGAUGCAGCUGAUUUCGACCGCUGUCACUGGCUUGGUGAUCGCUUUUGUUCAAAGCUGGACAUUGACCUUGAUUGUUAUGUGUAUGGGUCCAUUCAUUGCCGCAGCUACGUACUAUGAAUCCAAAAUCAGACGUGGAUUUGAAGAUGAGACGGCCAAGGCACAUGAGCAAAGUGGCGAGGUUGCUGGUGAAGCCAUCAAGGAAAUUCGUACCGUGGCAGCUCUCAACAAACAAGCACAUUUCGAGUUGAGAUUUGAUCGUGCUCUAGAACAUCCUCAUCGACUUGCCAAGCGUAAAGCCUAUCUCUCAUCCAUUGGCUAUGCACUCCAACAAGGCAUCAACAUGUACACCAACGCAGUUGCCUUUUAUGCAGGCGUUCGAUUGAUUGACAAUCGCUGGAUCAAUUUCGAGCAAAUGAUGAUUGCAAUGAUGGCCGUGAUUAUUACUGCUCAAGGUGUGGGUCGUUCAUCCACAUUUACGGCAACCUACGCCAAAGCCAAGAAUUCUGCUAUUGCUGCUUUCGAGAUAUUGGAACGUCAAUCACGUAUCGAUCCUGAUGUUGAAGGCAUUGAACCUGAAUCGUCUACCAUUCGCGGUGAUCUUUCAUUUAAGGAAAUCACUUUCAGAUAUCCUGCUCGACCUAAUAUCCCUAUUUUUGAUGGCGACUUUAACCUUGAGGGCAAAAGCGGACAAACCAUUGCACUCGUUGGACCUUCGGGAUGUGGAAAAUCAACAACCAUCAGCAUGCUUCAACGUUGGUACGACCCGAUUGACGGCACUGUGCGAUUGGAUGAUUACAACACCAAGAACUUUAGCCUUCAUAACCUACGAAGCCAUAUGAGUUUGGUGCAACAAGAGCCUGUGUUGUUUGACAUGACUAUUGGAGAAAACAUCCGCUUCGGUGCACUUGAAGGUCAACAAGUCAGCCGAGAACAAGUCGAGGAAGCAUGCCGUGCUGCCAACAUCCACAAGUUCAUUUCCGAAUUGCCUGAUGCUUAUGAUACAAGAGUGGGCGACAAGGGGUCUCAAUUAUCGGGUGGUCAAAAACAACGCAUUGCUAUUGCACGUGCAUUGAUCCGAAAGCCUCGUGUGUUAUUGUUGGAUGAAGCAACAUCAGCCCUUGAUAGUGAAUCCGAAAAGCUGGUUCAACAAGCCAUUGACAAUAUCAUCAGCGAAGGAGGACGGACGACUUUGACGAUAGCUCAUAGAUUGAGUACUAUACAAACAGCUGAUUUGAUCUGUGUGAUCAAGGGAGGACGCGUCGUUGAACAAGGCACUCAUUGGGAAUUGCUCAAACUCGAUGCUGAGUAUGCUGCUCUCGUUCGACAACAAUCACUGGAGGCAACACAUUAA